AUGGAGAAACCAUUAAAACGAAUGGGAAGCAAGAUUUUAACGUUUCUAUCUAAAGCUGCACAGCCGGCAGUGAUCACGUUCCACAGCCCACCUCCGAGCCCUAGAAAAGCAGCCGGUCCGAUGAUACGGAUAUUUCCUCCUGAAUCCAGAAGGAAAACCAGGAGUGGAAUUACCUUUGCUUCCAAAGAACCCACCUCCCCAAAGGUCUCCUGCAUGGGGCAAGUCCAUGGCAAGAAGAAGAACAAAAGCAAAUCAAAUAGUACUGGUUCUGCUCCAGUUUCAUGUAUUCCUAAAGAGGUGAAGAACAAGCCGGCUAGGGUUUCGAGCAAGGUUCCGAAAGAAGUAGCCCUCCCGGAAGAAGGUAACGAAAAUAGGAACCGUGAUGGAGCUCCAGAAAGGGUGCCUUCUUUGGGUCAGAUGAAGAGGUUUGCCAGUGGUCGUAGCACGUUGGCGGAUUGA